UCUUUCCUGCCUCACACUCACUUUAACACCUAGACAGACCUACACCUGUUGCUGUUCUGUUCUUCUCUUCCUCUGUGACAGAGGUCUGUCGGUCACCACUCUGUUGGUCUUUAAAUCCUCCUUCAUCCAUCCAUCCAGAAAGAGAGAGAGAGAGAAAGACAGAAAGAGAGAGAGACUGACUGGGAGAGACUGCCCAGGUUUAUGUGAAUACCCUGAACAGACUGAACUGACAGACAGACUGACAGACCUGCAACACUAUUUGGGACAACACGUUAUCUGUUAUUCAUUUAGAGGAAGGAGAACAAGGUUAAAAUGUCUCUGAACGUUCCGGGCCUGAUCGUCAUGGCGAUCUUCUACUUGCUGAUCCUAGGCACGGGGAUCUGGGCCUCGAUGCGCUCCAAGAAGGUGGAGAGGAAGUGUACAGGGUCGGACGGGAUGGAGAUCACGCUGCUCGCCGGACGCAACAUCAACCUGUUGGUGGGGAUCUUCACUCUGACUGCUACGUGGGUUGGAGGAGGGUUUAUCCUGGGUAUAGCGGAGGCUGUCUACAACCCUACCCUGGGUCUGGUCUGGGCUCUGAUGCCAGUCCCCUACGUACUCACCUUCUUCCUGGGUGGUUUUUUCUUCGCCAAGCCAAUGAGGGAAAACAAGUACGUGACGAUGAUGGAUCCGUUCCAGAUAAAGUAUGGCAACGUCCUGAGCAGCCUGCUCAUCUUCCCAGCGCUCAUUGCAGACGUCCUGUGGGUCGCUAGGACGCUGGUCAGCCUAGGUGGCACUAUGAGUGUGAUUCUGGACCUGCCCUAUGUCUACUCCAUCUGUAUCAGCUCUGUGGUGGCCAUCGUCUACACUCUACUGGGAGGACUCUACUCUGUAGCCUACACCGAUGUCAUCCAGCUCAUCCUCAUCUUCCUCAGUCUGUGGAUCUGUGUGCCAUUUAUGAUGACCAACCCAAACUCCAUGGACAUCACACUGACCGCAUUCAACGAGACGUUCCAGGCCCCCUGGGUCGGCAAGCUGGAGCUUAGAGACGCGGGGAAGUGGAUUGACGACUUCAUGGUCCUGGCUCUGGGAGGCCUGGCCUAUCAGGCCUUCUACCAGAGGAUCCUAUCAGCGUCGUCCUACACCCAGGCUCAGGUCACCUGCUUCGCCUCCUCAGCUUUCUGCCUGGUGCUGGGCAUCCCGUCUGUCUUGGUGGGGGCUGUCGCUGCAUCCACAGACUGGAACCUGACUAGCUAUGGUUCUCCGACCCCAUACGAGCGUGGCCAGGCCGGGUCCAUCCUCCCCAUUGCCCUGCAGUACCUCACCCCCUCCUACGUCUCCAUCAUCGGCAUCGGGGCCGUCGCUGCCGCCGUGAUGUCAUCCAUGGACUCCGCCCUCCUCAGCUCCGCCUCCAUGUUCUCCUCCAACAUCUACAAGAACAUCAUCAGGAAUCAGGCCUCAGACAGGGAGAUACAGUGGGUGAUCCGUACCUCGGUGGUGGUGUGUGGCCUGGCGGGGACGGCCCUGACCUUCCUGGAUAACAGUGUUCUGGUUUUCUGGCUGGUGGGCGUCGACAUGUCAUACACAAUCAUGUUCCCACAGCUUGUCUGUGUCCUCUUCUUCAAGGUGUCCAACGGCUACGGUGCCAGUGUGGGGUAUCUCCUAGCGUUGGUCCUCCGUAUCCUGAGUGGGGAACCCCUCAUCAACCUUCCCCCUGUCAUCCACUUCCCUGGGUUCAGGAAGGACGCGGAGGGCGUGAUGACACAGUUCUUCCCGUUCCGUACCACCAUCAUGUUGACGUCUCUCUGCUCCAUCCUCGUCGCCUCCGGCGUCACCUCCGUCAUCUUCAACAAGGGCCUGCUGUCGGAGAGGUGGGACGUGUUUCAGAUCAAGAGGUCGCAGGCCAAAGUGACAGCGCUGACCAGGCUGAAGAAAGAAGAGAGUAAAAAGGACUGCGUGGAGGCCAAGGAGGCGGUGGUGAACAAGCAGCUUCUGGACACCAGCUGCUGAACAGAGGGGGACGAUGGAAACUGAGGACGGCCAUGGGUGGAUGAGUGGGUGAGCAUCACAGGAGGCUGCUGAGGGGCCAUGUUGAGGCAAAGGGUUUUGUUUGGUCGGGCGGACAUUUUGUGUUUCUGCUGAGGACUAUUUUGGAGACAGGAGGAUGGUCGAAAAACACGCAACAACAACAACAACAACAACAGAAAGAACACCCAUUAUGACAUCAUAAAGCAUUGUGUUGCUGGUAAAAAAAUGACCAGAUACUCGACAGUUUCCAGUGACCCCGGCUAGUUACACAAAAACAAUGUCGCGAGGACCAACGGCAGCUCUGGGAGAGACGUUCUAAUGAACGGCAUUUCCUGUUCCACAAGGGGUGGAGUUUUAUUUUGUCUGACUUUCUUUAUUGCGACAAAUGACCGAAACUGUGUUUUUUUCAAAUCAACGAUGAUUUUGCCGAAUAACUUUUAAAAGGUACACACGGGGGCACGUGAUGUCAUCACAUAACUAUAAAGCAGUUCAUACCCUACGGUUCAUUCUAAAUGCCUACUGCUUGCUAAAUCUAUUUUUUAAACUACAACGUUUUUUUAUGUUUAUUUGCAGGGAAAAGGAUUGUCUUGACUUUCAAGAAAGCCUGAAUUGCCCUCGCUUUGCUUUUCUGAUUGGCUGGAUGCAAGUUUCACCAUCCAAUUAUUACAGAUCUACAGGAGUGGACGUUUCACCGUGGCAACAACUAGGCACAUGAGAAUGAUUAAAAUAUGGCAACUAUUAGUCAAUUCUCACGCAAAAUGUGUUGUUGUAGGUGUGACCUCACUACGUCCAGUUGUUAUCAACACAAUACAUUUGAAUGGAAACACACCUUAACAGGCAUCUGUCUUCUAGUCCAACUUUCUAAAUCUCGACAAAAGUUCAUGGACAUUUUUUUUUUGGGUGUUUGUUUAUGUUUUGUGGGUCAGUUUUGACACUGUGAUUUGGGGGGUGAAGGGUAGAGACUGAGAAACAACUAUCCGAUUGAUCCUCCUUGAAUAUAACUUUUAUACUGUAAUUCUGGCUCCCUAGUGGCUGUAUCACAUCCGGCCGUGAUUGGACGGCACACAGUUGUCCCAGCGUCGUCCGGGUUUGGCCGGGGGAGGCCGUCAUUGUAAAUAAGAAUUUGUUCUUAACUGACUUGCCUAGAUAUAUAAAGGUAAAACAUAAAAUCUGGGGUGACCAGAAGCCCCAGUCUUAAAAGCAGCCAUUUUGUUGGUUUGUGUGUGUUGUGUGAUAAAUCUGGCAAUUUAGUACGACUGCACACAACAACAAAAACUCAAGAAUGCUAGAUAAUCCUCUCCACCCCCCUCCUCUUUCUCCUUCACCUCUCUCCCCCUCUCUGGCCAGAUUCAGCAACGCAAACAAAACCUGUUUUCUAAGAGGUUUUUGUAGUAUAGUUGUGUUCUAUGGUUCUAUAUGCAGAGCUGUGGUUUACAUGGAGGUUCAACCUCUUUUUCUUUGUGUGUUUUUUAUUUUAAUUUUCAUACCAAACAAAGUGUUGUACAGAGAGAACCUAUCUAUUUCUGAACUCCAAAUUUACAAGCCCCUAAUUCCUAGGGCCCUACACCCUAGCUCCUUUAAACUAGGGCCCUCCACCCUAGCCGCUUUAAAGUAGGCCCCUACAGUCUAGCCCCUUUAAACUAGGCCCCUACAGUCUAGCCUCUUUAAACUAGGGCCCUACACCCUAGCCCCUUUAAACUAGGCCCCUACACCCAACCCCUUUAAACUAGGCCCCUACACCCUAGCCCCUUUAAACUAGGCCCCUACAGUCUAGCCCCUUUAAACUAGGGCCCUACACCCUAGCCCCUUUAAACUAGGGCCCUACACCCUAGCCCCUUUAAACUAGGGCCCUACAGUCUAGCCCCUUUAAACUAGGGCCCUACAGUCUAGCCCCUUUAAACUAGGGCCCUACACCCUAGCCCCUUUAAACUAGGGCCCUACACCCUAGCCCCUUUAAACUAGGGCCCUACAGUCUAGCCCCUUUAAACUAGGGCCCUACACCCUAGCCCCUUUAAACUAGGGCCCUACACCCUAGCCCCUUUAAACUAAGGCCCUACAGUCUAGCCCCUUUAAACUAGGGCCCUACACCCUAGCCCCUUCAAACUAGGCCCCUACACCCUAGCCCCUUUAAACUAGGGCCCUACACCCUAGCCCCUUUAAACUAGGGCCCUACACCCUAGCUCCUUUAAACUAGGGCCUGACACCCAAACCCCUUUAAACUAGGGCCCUACAUCCUAGCCCCUUUAAACAAGGCCCCACACCCUAGCCCCUUUAAACUAGGGCCCUACAACCUAGCCCCCUUAAACUAGGGCCCUACACCCUAGCCCCUUUAAACUAGGGCCCUACACCCUAGCCCCUUUAAACUAGGGCCCUACACUCUAGCCCCUUUAAACUAGGGCCCUACACUCUAGCCCCUUUAAACUAGGGCCCUACACUCUAGCCCCUUUAAACUAGGGCCCUACACUCUAGUCCCUUUAAACUAGGGCCCUACACUCCAGUCCCUUUAAACUAGGGCCCUACCCUCUAGCCCCUUUAAACUAGGGCCUUACAGUCUAGCCCCUUUAAACUAGGGCCCUACACCCUAGCCCCUUUAAACUAGGGCCCUACACCCUAGCCCCUUUAAACUAGGGCCCUACAGUCUAGCCCCUUUAAACUAGGUCCCUACACCCUAGCCCCUUUAAACUAGGGCCCUACACCCUAGCCCCUUUAAACUAAGGCCCUACAGUCUAGCCCCUUUAAACUAGGGCCCUACAGUCUAGCCCCUUUAAACUAGGUCCCUACACCCUAGCCCCUUUAAACUAGGGCCCUACACCCUAGCCCCUUUAAACUAAGGCCCUACAGUCUAGCCCCUUUAAACUAGGGCCCUACACCCUAGCCCCUUCAAACUAGGCCCCUACACCCUAGCCCCUUUAAACUAGGCCCCUACACCCUAGCCCCUUUAAACUAGGGCCCUACACCCUAGCCCCUUUAAACUAGGGCCCUACACCCUAGCCCCUUUAAACUAGGGCCUGACACCCAAACCCCUUUAAACUAGGGCCCUACAUCCUAGCCCCUUUAAACAAGGCCCCACACCCUAGCCCCUUUAAACUAGGGCCCUACAACCUAGCCCCCUUAAACUAGGGCCCUACACCCUAGCCCCUUUAAACUAGGGCCCUACACCUAGCCCCUUUAAACUAGGGCCCUACACUCUAGCCCCUUUAAACUAGGGCCCUACACUCUAGCCCCUUUAAACUAGGGCCCUACACUCUAGCCCCUUUAAACUAGGGCCCUACACUCUAGUCCCUUUAAACUAGGGCCCUACACUCCAGUCCCUUUAAACUAGGGCCCUACCCUCUAGCCCCUUUAAACUAGGGCCUUACAGUCUAGCCCCUUUAAACUAGGGCCCUACACCCUAGCCCCUUUAAACUAGGGCCCUACACCCUAGCCCCUUUAAACUAGGGCCCUACAGUCUAGCCCCUUUAAACUAGGGCCCUACACCCUAGCCCCUUUAAACUAGGGCCCUACACCCUAGCCCCUUUAAACUAAGGCCCUACAGUCUAGCCCCUUUAAACUAGGGCCCUACAGUCUAGCCCCUUUAAACUAGGUCCCUACACCCUAGCCCCUUUAAACUAGGGCCCUACACCCUAGCCCCUUUAAACUAAGGCCCUACAGUCUAGCCCCUUUA